UUGAGAGCUUGUAAAAAUUUCCCGGGUUGAUAAUAAAAGAUCUGUAGCAGGUCCGGAGACGUAGGCAACAUUGGCCGAACUCCGUUAACAAUUUUGUGUGUGUUUUCCCGCUCCCAUAAAUUCGGUUUUCCGCAAAAUUUGACCGCGCAUUUUCUAACAGAUCUGAGUUUCUUUUGUUUAUUUAGACCAAUUGAAGUCGAGUUCUUCUGAUUGUAAAAUCAGGAACCUAGGGAGAGUGAGAAGCUACAUUGCCUUAUACUAUCACCUAAAGCAUAUGUUAGGCCUCUCUCUUGGCCCAAGAGUAUAGAAUAUGUGCCUUAUGAAGAGAUGACAGCAAACAAGAGGCUACGUUCUGAAUGUGAAGGUAGCGAGAGGUGUUGAUAAGGCCGAGGGAGAACUCAGUCAACAAGAGAUCUAUGUUAACGCUAGGUGCAACAUGCAAUAGCUUCUUCUUCAUCUCUGCAACUCUGUUCUACUCUAUUGUACUCUGUUUUCAGAAGCUGAUUAUCCCAGAGUUCAUUUCACCUUGCUUUGUCGAUUGUUUUAAUCGGUGUUGGAGACGGGCGAUGCGAAGACAUGAUGAGAAGUUCGACGACAAGAUCCCUAAGCGUGAAUUUAACAACUUUCAGUUUGUGAAUUUCACAGAGAUCAUGAAGAGAGAUUCACUCAGAGUCAGCCAAAGAAGCUGCAUUUGCUCUUGCUGCUCUAAUGGAGAUUCCCUUUCAGUAUCAAGCAGCAACUGAACUCAGCUUUCUCGGGAAAACAACGGGCGUAGCUAAGAAAAUAAACCCGAGGCCACCACCUACUCCUUACACACCUACUAUACGUACUGAACUACCAUCACCUGCACCAGACGAACAUACUCAGAAUUGCCCAAUUUGUCUGACUAUCCGGAAAGACGUGGCCUUUGGCUGUGGUCACAUGAUUUGUAGAGAUUGCGGAUCCAGGAUAUCAAACUGUCCCAUCUGCAGAGUACUGAUCACAAGCCGGCUAAGGCUUUGCACGUGAUCAGUGCCUUUGCAAAUAACAAAACACUUGCACAUACUGUCUUUCUCCAUUUUACCAAGUGUCUCUGCAUUGUUCAUGAAUCAGCUUGUACCAUUUAAAUAUCCUAUGUACUAUAGAUGUUAGCUUGCAAACAAUGAUGAAGUAGAAAUGUACAAAACAUGGGUUUUACAUUUUUCUUCACUGUCACAAAAAAAAAAUGUUUGAAGUGACUGAAUCUUGCACCAGUUAAAAAAAAAAAAACAAAGCAU